ACACAAACGUCCAGGAUGCAGCUUUGCCAGGAAAUUCUGAUUUGCACACUGGUUUGGCCCAGCAUUGCCGGAGAAAUCUCCUGGGAUGUGUCCUUCGUCACUCUGAACUUCUUGGUGCCAGGACUGCUCAUUGUGAUCAGCUACUCCAAAAUAUUACAGAUCACCAAGGCGUCGCGCCGGAGGCUGACGGUGAGCCUGGCGUACUCGGAGAGCCACCAGAUCCGUGUGUCGCAGCAGGACUUCCGGCUCUUCCGCACCCUCUUCCUGCUCAUGAUCUCCUUCUUCAUCAUGUGGAGCCCCAUCAUCAUCACCAUCCUGCUCAUCCUGAUCCAGAACUUCAAGCAGGACCUGGUCAUCUGGCCGUCACUCUUCUUCUGGGUGGUGGCCUUCACGUUCGCCAACGCGGCCCUGAACCCCAUCCUCUACAACAUGUCCCUGUUCAGGAACGAAUGGAGGAAAAUUUUCCGGGGCAUCUUCUUCCCAGACAAGGGAGCCAUGUUUACAGACACGUCUCUCAGGAGAAAUGACCUGUCUAUCAUUUCCACAUAAUUAAUUUCUCUCUAGAGGCAGAGUGGGUCACUCUGGUGAGCCACUGGUGUGUCUUCAAAGGGAGUGCAUCUCCAGGACCCUUACACCAGGGUGCCCUGCUUUAGGAAGAUGUAACCUAUGCAAAUACGUUCAGGGCACCAGUAAAUUAAGGGGUGAUCCUUCAGCGAAAGCAUUGUAUCCUUUAUAAAAGGAUUUGUUAUGGGUUUCUUGAAAUAUGAACUUUUUCAGUGUGUUUGUCGUAUGAUUGAAUGUAAUAAAUUUUUAUUUAUACCUGUUCAACAAUCACAUCUCCUGCAUAUAAAGCCACACCUGGCUGGUUUCUGAAGUGAAUCUUACAACUGGUCCAGGACUCAGAUUUCUCUGAAGGGCCACAGCCACUCUAGGUCUCUCCCCUGGACUCGCAAGGCCUCCGGAUCGUUCAUUAAUGUCGAUAAUGCUUGAGGAAUUUCCCAGGACAACCAAAGGUGACUUUUUUAUUUAUUUAUAAGGAAUGCUAUGGACCCCUUUAGGAGAUUUGGUGUCAUGAAAUCAGAAGAUAUAGGAUAACUCCAAUAUUUGGAGGCCAGAGGAGGGGGGGGAGAAUGAUCGUAGGACAUACUUUGGGAAGAUGGAGCAAGCACAAUUUAUUGAUGGACAAGAUGUACAAUGUGAGGGAAAGAGAGGAUGCAAGGGUGACUUCUAAAUUUGUAGACUGACACUGGUUGGAUGGUGGGCCAACCAACAACAAGGGGGGAAGCCUGGGGGUGGGAGAGCCAAGGAUUUUAUUUGAGGCUUGUGUAAGUGUGAAAUCCAGUGAGAUCCAAAUGGAGAGUAGGUCGUUGGAUGCCAGGUUGUGGAGUGUGGGCCUGAAGACGCAAUGUGGCGAGUCAUCAGAUCGUGUUUACAGGCCUAAGCUUUUAGGAAUUAUUCCUGGGAGAGAAGAGAAAGAAGAAACCAGAGCCAAACUGAACCAUGGGACAUGCCAUCACAUGGAAGUUGGGCCCACGCCUGGAAUGUGCAGUAGCUUGGGGCCUGGUACAUAGUAGGUGCUCAACAUGGCUUUGUUGUCAAGUACAUCAGCAGCAGUAGUUCCAUUGCUUGUGGAGUUUCUUGAAUAGCUUCUUCUGAAGUAGGACUUAUGGUGCUCGAGGACAAGAGGACAGGGAUUUUCUGUUCAUCUUUAGCUAAUAGACUUGAUGAAUUAAAACUAUUUUGAAGUGAUGUGUGGCUAUCUUAUGGGUCUCUGGGUUGUCAAACUGAGGCUGAAGGGCCUGGCUCUGACAAUCUGCUGCUGUGUGUGAUGACAGGUAGGCCUUUCCCAUACAUGGUCACCUGUUUCCUCCUUCCUUGGUGGGAGGACAAGCACACUGGGGUGGGGGACCCACAAGCCUCCCAUGGGCCCUUGAUAUGCCAGCACCCAGGCAGAGAUCUCUGCACACCGGGGAAAGAGGUGUCCUUCCCCACCUGACACAUUUCAUAGCUGUCAGCGGGCCUGGCCAGUGUUUGCACAGCUCCCACGUGCUCUAAUUGAAUCCUCACUGCAUCCCAUCAGGCAGAUACUCUUUCCCCAUAUUUCACAAGAGAAAAGUGAGGCUCAGAAAAGCCAUGUAACCAGCUCAAAUCACACAGCGACUAUGUCAGAACUGGACUUGGACUUAAAGACUCUGGCACCAAAGCCUCCUGGGAGCUCCUGGGAAACUGGGGCAAAUGGCUUUGCAGCAAUUGAACAGUGAUGUUCACAAGUACUGCUGAUGGUGUGGGGUCCUGGUGCUCACCGCCACCCACCAUGCCCUUUCCUGCUGCUCCAAGUCCAGGUAGGGAGCACUGGGAGCUUCCCCCAGACCUGGCUUCCGAGGGCCCCAUGUUCCAAUUCCCUCAGGGAAGCCCAAGGCCUCCUCUCCUCAAUAUUUUGGCCACAUCUGAAAUAAGAAGUGAAUUAAGUGCUAGAAACAGUGGAGGGCUGGGAUGUUUGUCAGAGCUGACCCAGACCCAUGCCUCUCAAACACACCCAGGUGAGCCGGCCAUGCUGCCCCUUCCCUGGUCCUGGGAUGCUCAGGGCUUUGGGCUCACUGGCCCACACUCAUUCACCUGCUGGUUUAGCCUCGGUGCCUUGGCCAGGCUGGCAGCUAGGGCCUUCCAGACCUGGGUGUGCCAAUGUGACCUGCAGGAAGUUGGGAGAAGCCACUGUCACUAAUGGAAAUCAGGCACCAGAAUAGGCAAAGAUCAUAAAGAACCAGGGAGGCAAGAACACCUCCAGGGGUAUAGAAGUGCAUCCUACCCAACCAUCUGCAGGACUUCUCACUUCGACAACACGUGGACACAAAUGAACACCCACAUCAUAGGAAACAGGAGACUACGUUUUAAUAAUUCAAAGUCUGGAAUCCUAAGCCUCAAACGAUUCCCUAGAAAACCC